GUCAAAUUUCUCAAAAACAAGGGACAAUCAAAGCUUCGUUUGUUCAAAAGAUCAGAUUGAAACUUGGAAUUGAGAAAAAAAAAAAAAGAAGAAAGAAAUGACUGUGUUUCACUUCUUUAACUGCGCGAUUCUCACCUUCGGUCCUCACGCCGUCUACUACUCCGCCACCCCAUUAUCGGAGUAUGAUACUCUUGGUACCUCUGUUAAAGCUGCCCUUGUUUAUCUCGGAACAGCUUUGGUAAAGCUUGUUUGUCUGGCAACCUUUUUGAACGUGUCUGAGAAUGAUGGCUUUGAUCCAUACCAGGAACUUUUGAAAGCAUUGAUUGGUUUUAUAGAUGUUGCUGGACUUUAUUUUGCCUUAACACAGUUGACUCACAGGAACAUCUCUCAAAAUCAUAAAUUUCAAGCUGUUGGACUUGGAUGGGCUUUUGCUGAUUCUGUUCUACAUAGGUUGGCACCCCUUUGGGUGGGAGCUAGAGGACUAGAAUUCACUUGGGAUUAUAUUCUGCAAGGGCUGGAAGCAAAUGCUAAUUUGGUGUUGAGUAUAUCUCUUGCAGCAUUGGGAUCUUUAAUGUGGCUUCGCAAGAACAAACCCAAGACUUUGAUUCCUAUAAUAUAUGCAUGUGCUGGAAUUGUUGCAACCAUGCCGUCCAUCACAAGCUAUCUAAGGCGAGGGUUGGGAUGGCACUUUCCGAAGGUGGUGGGCUUUGAAUUGUUCACAUCUCUGGUGAUGGCUUUCAUUAGUUGGCAAUUGUUUUCUGCAUGCCAAAGGCCCUCUGCAUGAGGAGCACAGUUUGCGAGCUCCACUUGAUGUUUGAAGAGAUAUUCAUUGGCUAUUAAUUCCUCUUUGCGAGAUUCUUUCCUGCUCAGCUUUUCCCGCAGGCUGCUAUGCUGUCUACUUCAAAACCUCAAUUAUCUUUGAUGUAGUUCAAAAGUUUUAUCAUUGUUGGAACUAUCUAAAAUUAGUCUAGAUUUUUGCCAAGGCACAAAACUCAAAAUUUUGUAUCUCUAGAAAAGUAAAAAGGAUUUUUAAUGUAGAAUUUGAUUGCAUUCUUGUUCCAUACCUUUUCUUCAAGGGCCAUUGCAUGACAUGAAAAUUUUGGCAUGCAUUUAGUGCCAGAUCUGGAUGCAUCUCUACUUGAAUAAAAUGCUUCUAUUUUACGAUUAA